GCAUCCAAUCUGCCGCACAUGUCAACAGAACAAGAAGAAGAUCACUACAAACGGUGAACGUCUGCCGUUUCAAUUCUGGCGGGCUGACCCUGCGUAAACAAGAUGGACUUAAACUCUGCACUGGAUUUUCUGAACUUACGUGAAAUACCAGAAGCCUGGGUGGAUGCAGUUUGGGACUUGGAGUUCACGAAAAGAAAACCACUGGAUGACACCAUAGCAGAAAAACUCGCAGGUAGUGGAGAAAAGGCAUUCCGAAACCUGUACCAGUGUUUACUUACACAUGCUGCUGAUGGAGGCGGAACAUCACAGAAUAUCUGGGCAAUUCUGGUGGAGAACAGGGUGUCGGUCAAGUCUCUGGUGGCCGUGCUGUCCUUCUUGGUGCUGACCGGAAAAGCCAAAGGGGCAAAUGUCCAGCAAAGAGUGGGCGGGCUGCACGCUUCUUCACUCUACCUGCUGCUGCUUGGAAUCCCAGGGAGCAUCGCCCACAAGGUUUUCCAUGAGGUUUUAUUGGAUGUGUGUUCUGACCUGUGGUCUCACUGCUGGCCUCAGGAAUCUGGUAAAAAGCGCAAGAAGGAUGGCCUGAAGAGUUCUCAGGCAGAGGGCAAACGCUCCAGACCACAGCGGAAAGACAUUGCAGAUUUGGAAGUGGAUGAGGAAGAGGAGGAGGAAGAGGAGGUUCAUUUCUCUGGUCCAGACUUGAUGAAGAUCAGAGAUGCUGUUAUUCUGCUGGUUCAGAGCCUCCUCAGACUCCUGCACACAUUUCCACUCAAAGACAGGCCACAAAAUGCCAGCAACUUCACACAGGUCUUCUGUAAGCUGCUUUACUUUGAGCCGGUCAUCGGAGAGCUAACCUUCGCUGCUGUCCAAGAUAUCACCAAGCUAAGGAGUGUUCCUGAGAUGGCUUUCUACGGUCUGCAGCUGCUCUGCCUACCAAAACAUGGAAACCAGAGAGAAUCCCUGCGGAGGGUUUUCCACUGUCUCCUCUAUGUGAUCCUGAUGAUGAAUAAAGGAACCAGAGGGAAGCCCUCCCUCCUCACACUCAACCAGGCCAUCCUCUCCACCCGCGACCAGGCCAUACAUUUUGUCUGUCAUCUUGUGGAAGUGCUAAAGGAGCUGGCUUUACCUCUCCUGCACAUCCUCCUGCAGCAUAUCUGCUUCCAGAUGGUGGAGAAGAGUGAGUUUCGAAGCCAUGGAGCCCAGGCUGUGGGUAUGCUGAUAUCUGAGAUGACGAGCACAGACUAUGCCUGCUUCAUCAAGUGGCUGUUUAACUUCUCCAGACACACAAAGAUGGUGUGCCGACUCUUCUCUGUGGAUGUGGUAAUGGUACUGCUGGAGCAGGUGGAGAGGAGGCCAGAGGAGUGUCAGGACCCCCACCUUGCCUGCUUCCUGCCAUCCAAAUUUCUGAUCCAGAGCCUGCUGUUCGCUCGGCAGAUGGACGAAUCGCCCACUGUUCAAGGUCACGCCCUUUCCUGUCUGGCCCAGUGUCUGGAGCUGCCUUCACUCAAUGUCACCCGGGCUGUCCACAACCUCUUCUCUGCAACUGGAACCCAGACGGUGUUGGAAGGUGAAAUCACAGAAGGAAGUGUAACUUCCCAGCAGACUCAGAAAACCUACAGCACUCUGCCAUUCAGGACUGUGGAAAUCAGCAGCACUGAUGGCUCCAGCUGUGACGCAAAAGAGAAUGUGGCUCUUCUCCUGCGGCGUGUAAAAGACUCUAAGACUAAUGUGAGGAAAUCAGCACUGCAGGCCCUGGUGGGUCUCUUGAAACAUGAUGUGAUCCCCAUGAGCUUGGAGAACUUGGCUAUGCUGUCAGAGCGCUGUAGAGACCCGGCUGUGUCUGUGAAGAAGAAGGCACUUCAGAGUGUGGGAGAGCUACUCAUUGCCAGACCAGAGUGCAGUGCGGUGCAGAAAGCGUGGCUGCAGGGCGUUGUGCCAGCUGUGGUAGACUCUGAGAACUCGGUGCAGGACAAGGCCCUGGAGGCUUUGGACCAGAUUCUGCUCAGUCAAGUCAAGCUAUACUCUGCCAGCUGCCACCUGGAUACCAGUCAGAGGCUGGCCUGGGACCUGCUGUGCCUGCUCUGUCACGACUGCCAGAAUCUCAGCCAAUAUUUCAGCAGGGCUUUCACCACCUGGUCAAAACAGGACAAGUUCACACCAACGUUCACCACCAACCUCAUCUCACACACUGAGGCCGAUCAUGCUGACGGGGCCUGGCUGCUCCUAUCCAAGGUGGCCGCUUCGUCUCCCAGGCUACCCUACGGCAAGAUCCUGGACACCUGGGACAGCAUUGUCAGUUCAAAGGGCGCAAAUGUGACAACCUGCUGUCACAUCCUGAGUGUGAUUGGAAACAUCGCUGCAUAUUUGAAUGAAGAUACAAAAGACAGGAUAGUUAAUGAUCUGAUGUAUUUGUUGAAGACGUUUAACUUGUCUCUAGAGGUGAUCAGUGCUGCUGUGGAGACUCUUUAUCAACUUGGCUGCACUGAAGACAUCAAACUGACUCAGGCAUUUCUGAAUCAGCAUGGCGGUGAGCUGGUGUCGAUCUGUGAGUUUUAUUUAGCCGCCAUUAUCCUGAAUGAAAAUGGAGCUCAGAACCUCAACGAGGAGCUGAUGGUAAAGCACCUUCACACGCUAGGUGUGGUGUCACUCCUCUGUCCUGCCAAGGUUGGCAAAAGGACAGUGCUGCUGGUGGAAUCUGUCCUUACAACAAAUUCUGACAAACUGGCAGACUGCCAGAUUGAACUGCCAGCCUCGCAGCCUCUGUCCCAAUUUAAAGCAAACUCUCUGCCUACUAGAGUCAGAGCCCAUGGAGUCAUCACUUUAGGUAAACUGUGUCUACAGCAUGAAGAACUGGUCCAGAGGUACCUGCCAGUGUUUGCCAGGGAGCUGGAGGUUGGCACAGAGGUUGCUGUGCGCAACAAUGUGGUGGUGAUUAUGUGUGAUCUGUGCGUUCGAUACACUACCUUAGUGGAUCACUACAUUCCCAACAUCUCCGCCUGUCUGAGAGACAAUGAAGCUGUCAUCAGGGAGCAGACUCUCAUUAUGCUUACCAACCUGCUCCAGGAGGAAUUUGUGAAAUGGAAGGGAUCCCUCUUCUUUCGCUUCAUGGUGGUUCUGGUCGACCCAGUCCCUGCCAUUGCCAGUAUGUGUCAGUACUGUCUGCUCCACCUGCUGCUGAAGAAGAACCCAGAAAUGUUCAGCCAGCACUUCAUCGAAUGCAUUUUCCACUUCAACUCCUACUGCAAACACAAGUCUUACAAUAAGUUCCCUCAAAGUGAGAGUGAAAAGGUCCGGUUCUCCCUGAAAGGGGUUCAGAAUCGUGGGAAGCGUUUUCAGAUCUACAGAUUCCUGUUGGAGCACUUCACAGACGCUCAACGCUUCAACAUCAGCAACAAGAUCAACCAGACUGUCUUAGCAUGCUUUGUAGACGAAGAGCUGCCCCUGGAUGCAGAUGGAGCUGAAAUUUUGUCUGAGACCUUCAACAUUUUGAGCCUUAAGGAGAUGAAGCUGCAGGCCAUAUCUGCUCCAGCAGGUGUCACGGCAGGGGAGGAAGCAGAGGACGAGAACAUGGCCACAGUGGCUAAGGCUGUCCUGCAGGCCGCUCAGAAUAAAGUGGUGUCCCAGGUCCAGAAGAAGGCCUUCAUAGAGAACACAGUUCCUCUCAUCAUUAGCCUCAAGAGUCUGCUGGAGCAGAAACGCUCUCCUGUCCUCAGAGAGCUCAUGGCCUACCUGCAGGUUACAAUGCAGGACUACCGAAAUGAGGUGAAAGAGUUUUUCUCUGGUGAUGAGCAGCUGGCGGCUGAGGUGGAGUUUGCUUUGAAGGUAGCUGAGAAGGAGAGGGAAAUGGAGGAUCGGAUGGAGACGUGCACCCUGAUAGGAGAUACUAAAACUCCCACUGCACAGGGUUCUGUCCGGGCCUCUCCGACCAGGUCGUGGCCCCUUCUCCCAGUUUGCUUUGCCACCCCACAGCCACCUCGUCCAAACCAGCCGUUUGUCAGACUGUCACACACUGACCGGCGUUCACGCAGAUCCAGACAGGAGGAGCAUGUCCAGUCAAUUGCUCUGGAAGGAACAGUGAUUAAAGGAGCUGUAAAUGACAGAGCCAUCAGCACACCAAAAGGUGACGGUGUCAACUUAACUUUUGAUGAAGGACUCAGCGCAAUCUUCAGUGACCGAGGAACAGGUUUGGUUGGAGAAACCAGUGUUCUUAAUGUGCACACAAAUGACCAGCAAGCUCUUCAACUGAGGCAGUGGAAUGUUCAAUCUCCCCUCCGCCAGAAGAAAAGAUAAUUUAAAGUUGACCAACUUUAAAGUUUUGUUUAUGUUAUAUGCCUGUACUACAACUACUACUCUUGGUAGUUGUUGUAUCGUUAUUGUUAUCUACAUGUUGAUUGACAUUCUGUCAUGUUUUUCUUGUGAAUUGUUUGUUGGGAGGAUUGCUCCCAAGUUUAACCCGAACCCAUUUUGAGUCAUAUCUUAAAAUUGGACAUUUUGGGUCAUACCUUCGCUAAAACAUAACAAAAAAAUUACAAUUAAAACUAUCUAGGUCAGAUGGAGGUGGGAAUGCAAGUUUUGGGGAAAAAUGCAUAUGUGGGGAAUUGCUCAGCCUUGUUAAUGUUUUUGGUAAUAAAUGUGUCCUUGGCUUCAUA